GUAAUCGGCGUGAACAGCAGGCAGAGCUAGAGUGGGACAAGCUCUAUACAUAUAGUUAAUGCAGAAGCCUUCGCAUUGGAUCUGAUCCAAUAAGGCUUCGGUGUGGAAACGUCGUCCCACUCCAUAAUUAGAAACGGAAUCAGUCCGUUAAAACUAAAGAUAAACAUAGUAGAUUCAGUAUUAUGCGAGGAUUACGAACAAGAUGGAUGAGUUCAUGAAUACCAGUUUCUAAAUUAUAUUUUUAGUCAAUAUAGAAGGCUAUGAAUCAUACUCGUAGUAUGAAUAUGAUGUAUUGGAAAUCACUGAAAGUGAAAAGUGUUCAUACACGAAUAACAAACCUAGGUAUUUGAAUGUCUACCACAUAUUGGCUACUAUGAAAGAAUGUUCCCGCAUUGCAAGAUGCCUUCUCGUGUGACAGUCUUCUACAUUUACAUUGUUGUUAGUCUUGUAACUUUGUUACAUAGUACAUUAGUAGCUGCGGAGAUUGAUGUGUUAUCUCCUGAAAAUGAAACCAUUCGAGUGAUCUUUGACUUAAGUAUUACAGCUCCUGUGCCCACUAGAGGAAUAAGGGGCAGGAUCGCAUUGGCUAAGCCUAUACAUCCAUGUGAACACAUUUCAAAGCCUCCAUAUCCAUCCAAUUCCACCUUGAAGUGGUUUGUUUUGAUUGAAACGGCAUCUUGUUCAAUGCAUCAGCAGGUUCUGAUAGCAGAAAAGGCAGGCUAUGAUGCAGCAGUAAUUUACAACAAAGGAAUUGGUGGUCUACGGUCAAUCGGUGCAAGAGACAAGUUAUCUUUUGCAACUGAGACCACUAUUCCUGGUGUGUUAAUUGGUGAACAAGAUGGUAAUGACAUCAAACAUUUUUAUUUGUAUGAAAAAGGCUACACACUAAUUCUGUAUCCUGAGCUGAAUUUCAACCUCAACACAUACCUGCUUCCUUUUGCUGUCAUCAUUGGUAUCUGCUUUAUAAUCAUGGUAACUUUUAUGCUGAUUAAAUGCAUUAACGAUCGUAGACAUGGUCAAAGGAAUAGGUUAUCAUCGAAACAUCUGAAGCAAUUACCUGUUAAUAAAUUUAAGAAAGGUGAUCCCUAUGAUGUGUGUGCAAUCUGCCUCGAAGAUUUCAAAGAAGGGGAAAAGUUAAGGAUGCUACCAUGUUCACAUUCUUAUCACACAAAAUGCGUUGAUCCUUGGCUAACUGACAAUCGUCGAACCUGUCCUAUGUGUAAACGUAAAGUCAUCUUGGAUGGUCAUCACUCAGAAACUGAUAGUGAUUCGGAUCAAGACUCAACAGGGGAAACUACUCCUUUACUGCAUACUUUAAGUAGGGGAAGCAACACCAUUGCUGGGGGAGGUACAUUUUCUGAAAUCAUGCCAACUGUUAGACCAACACAUAUUGAGGAAACUACUCAGACUAUUCCUGUGCUUCCUGAACAACCUGGUAGUUUUCUGACUACACAGGUAGAGCUGCAUAAUUCCACAGAAGUAAAUAUUCCAGAGGAAUUAACAGAACCUGCUCCAUUUCAUUCACUGAAUGGAGAUGAACUUGAGGAAGCUGCUGGAAGAGGUCACAUCCAGCCUCGAGUCACAGGAGCAGUAUCCAAGAGACAACCUGAAGUGUUGGUUUGACUUUUUUAACUGGAAAGUGAUGGUAAAUAGUGAAAUAAUGUUUGAUGGUUACUUUGGUUUUUAUAAUACAUGUUAAAAGUCUGUUAUCAGAUGAUAAAACCAUUCUCAGGCAGACACAAAUAAAAAACUUGCAGUAUUCAAUGAAAAAUUGACUGCCAUAGAAUAACUGUCAGUGUUAUAUAGUGAUACCAUCACGUAGUUGUUAAUUUAAGCUAAAUUUAUGCUGAAGGCAUUUUGAAGUUUUCGUUUUUUUCUGUGUAUAUCGUAACGUGUAGGUAUAGUUACAUCCCAAACAGUGGGAGUUUUUUGUGUAAAGAGGACAGUUGCUACAUCAUGUACUAAUGUUUCACAGGAUAAAAUAGCUGUUUGUAACUGACCGAUAUUGUGAGGAUAUACAUUCUUGAAUAUAUGUGUGUGAGUGCACUACUUGCAUAUUUUUGUUUCUUUGGAAUAGUUGAGUUCAUGCAAAUGUUCCAAAAAAGGAGUAACCUCGUGUGUUUACAUAUUUUGUAUUUAAUCCAUUGGUAUGUAGCUGUUAGAAUGUUGCCUGACAGUAUUUUUAUUGCUAUAUUUUCAAUGGAGUGACUAAAAGAUAUGUGAACAUGUUAUUUAGAUCAAACAACAUUAUUCUAAGUGUGGAAAUAGACAUUGUUUAAAAUAAGUAAACAAAUGCUGUCAAACACACAUUUUUAAACUUAAUCGUGUGACAUUUUUUGCCCUUUGUAUCUUAGUGUAUCUAUGUAUAUAUAUAUAAUACUAGGUGAAAAAACAUUUUUGUACAUUUACAUCUCCAAUAAAUGUGCAAUGUUGUGUUUGAAAUUUACCUAUUUUCUAGUAUUGAAAACUUAAGUCUUUGAUACACACUGAGCAUCAGUGUUCCGGAGUUUAAAUCUUAUGUGGGCUUAAGAAAAAAAAUUGUAUGCACUAAAGUUUUUUUUUUUUUAAGUCUAUUUAUCGGUAGUUAUUAAAUGUGUGUGUAGUUUUGAUUCUUCUAUGGAUAUGUCCAUGUUUCAUGUCGCAGAGAUAUUGAUGUAACCUGUGAUACAAAACGAGGAAGAGAUAUUCUGUGUAGAUAAAAAAAAACAAAAAAUUAAUACCAUUGUUAAAUUUUUUUAUAUGUAUAGAGACAGUUCUUUUAUAAAACUUGGUUUCUAAUUCUGUAUUGAUAAAUGUUUACUAUUUUCCAGUUAUGGUGAUUUUAAUGCUCUUUUUAUUUGUUUUACUAAUACAAAAAGCACCACAGAUAGUGAAAAUAUUAACAAUUUGUAUAGAGGUUUUGUUAAAAAAAGACAUAUUUAUAUUUCCAUUUUUCAUUGAAAAAGUGUGGUAUGUUUAACUUGUUUUUCAUGUUUCUAGAAUUUUGAAACUUGUGAUGGUUUUUUUUUACUUACUCCAAUUUGGUAACUCGGUUAUCAUUAAUCUCACCACAAGACUGUUGGGUUGUUUCUGUUAUCUGUAAUUUACUGAAACAGGACUGCAUAUGGAACCUGUGAAAAGACUAACUUAUUCUUGCUAAAUAAAAAAAAUUGUUGUGAUUUUAGUUUUUUUUCCAAGUGAUUUUAUGUUUGAUAAUUUCAUUAUUUUGAAAUAUUAUGGGUAGUUUAUUAUAUAAAUAUUUUGAUUAUGUUAUGAAUGUCUUAAAGAUUUUACAAGUAGGCUCCUGUACUAUAUUUGAUUUUUUAAUUGCAUCUAUUAGCAUGUAGCAUUUCAAGGUUAAUUGAUCACUGUAAUGAUGUGGAUUCAAUAGAAGGAUGGAAAAGUGUAGUUAUUUGUCACUGAUUAAAUAAAAGAGGCAAGGCCCAGUGUGAAGAUAAACAAGAAUUAUUGGGAAAGCAGCUGACCAGCUAGUGGAAGUAAUUGUUAUUAUUGAAACAAUUGGUUAAGAUUAGGUGAUUGUAAGAGUUAUAUUUAAAUAAAAGUAAAACAAAUAAAUUGCAUUUUAAUCUGAA